AUGAGUGCAACACCGACGCCGAAACUGCGAAAAGGAGCCAAAAGAAAACACCAAGAUGAUGAUGCGAUGGAACAUGACGGAGAAGACAGCAAUCACGGAGUAUCAACAGUAAACGUGCCAAAAGGGAAAGAGAAAGACCCCGAGUUCAAUCCAACAAAGGGACAAAAGCUUGUUGAUCUCGACGAGGAGAGCCAAACGAAUGGAAAGGAGCCAACAGAAGGAAACGUCAUCGAACAAACACACUACGUCGUUGUGCCAAGUUAUUCAUCUUGGUUUGAUUAUAAUGCCAUCCACCAAAUCGAGAAAAGAGCGUUACCCGAAUUUUUCAAUGGAAAGAACAAAAGCAAGACACCAGAAGUAUUUGUGGCCUAUCGAAACUUCAUGAUUGAUACAUAUCGCCUAAACCCAUUCGAGUACCUCUCUGCGACGUCUUGCCGAAGAAAUCUAGCCGGUGACGUGUGCUCGAUCAUGCGUAUUCAUCAAUUCCUCGAACAAUGGGGCUUGAUCAACUAUCAGGUGGAUUCCGAGUCUCGUCCAGCUCCUAUCGGCCCACCACCUACAUCUCAUUUCAUGAUUUUGGCCGACACGCCGAUGGGAGUUCAACCAAUUCAACCACUGCCUCCAUCAUUCACAACCGAAGCAGUAAAGAAAGAAGAAGAAGAAUCUGGUGACCAACAACUGAAAGAGAAAAUUGGCGACUUCGGACUGAAAACGGAUCAAUAUGCAAAGCAAUUGGCGGCAAUGAAAGCAAAAGGAGCCGCUCCAGGACGCGAAUGGACCGAUCAAGAGACAUUGAUGUUGCUUGAGGGUCUCGAAAUGUUCAAAGACGAUUGGAAUAAGGUUGCUGAUCAUGUGAGUACGCGAACACAAGACGAAUGUAUCAUGCGUUUCCUUCAACUGCCAAUUCAAGAUCCUUAUUUGAAAGAGGAGCCAUCAGAAAAUCCGGGUCCAAGCGUCCUUGGCCCAUUGGCUUAUCAACCGGUUCCAUUCUCGCAGACGGGAAAUCCAGUGAUGUCGACGGUUGCUUUCCUUGCCUCUGUUGUUGAUCCACGUGUUGCAUCCGCGGCCACAAAAGCCGCUCUUGAGGAGUUUGGCAAGAUUAAAGAUGAGGUUCCUCCGCUUGUUCUUGAAGCUCAUACCAAGAAUGUACAAGAGCAUUUCGAUAAGACUGGGGCCAUUGAUGGAAAGGCUGGACUUGCAAAAAGCGGAAUCGCUGAUGAUGCUUGUGAAAAAUCUGAAGACAAAGAGGGUACUAAUGGUGAACAAAUGGAUUCCGACAGACCAGCUGAAGGAGAGACUCAAUCUGCAGCCAGGAAUGCUAUUAGUGAAAAAGUGCAGAGUGCAGCGGCUGCUGCCUUGGCUGCAGCGGCAACAAAAGCGAAGCAUUUGGCCCAACUUGAAGAAAGACGAAUCAAAUCACUUGUGGCUCAACUCGUCGAGACGCAGAUGCGUAAAUUAGAAAAGAAACUCCAACAUUUUGAGGAACUUGAGGCGAUAAUGGACAAAGAACGCGAAGCAUUGGAAUAUCAACGACAACAAUUGAUUCUUGAGCGACAGGCUUUCCAUAUGGACCAACUGAGAUACCUGGAGAACCGAGCCAAGCACGAGGCACACAAUAAACUCCAAACAGCUGGAUCUUUGCCAGCAGGGUUACCACCAGGCUUCGAAGUCACAGGGCCUCCUCAACCGACUCCACAAGUUCAAAUCACCGCCCCACCAAGCCAAAGUGAAAACCUCACGCAAAAUCCACCUGUUGCCCCAGUUCCAUCUACGACAACAACCGCAGUAAAUCCACCACCUGCUGCAACAACUCAACCACAAGCUCAAUACCCACCAUCGCAGCCACCACCACAAGCCCCAUCCACAGCCACUUAUCCAAGCAGCGGUGCUCCUCCUUAUGGCACUCCACAAGGAUACCCCCCACAACAUCAACCUGGCACAUAUCCUCCGGGACAUCCAGGAUAUGGAGGUGCGCCUGCCGGCCAAUAUCCGCCUGGACCGCCACAUGCUGGCUAUCCCCGUUAUCCUCAACAAGGAUAUCCUCCUCAACAACAACGACCAUAUCCGGGGGCAGGAUAUCCACCAGCACAAGGAACUCCUGGCCAACCACCGCGCGCGGGGUAUCCACCGCAACAAGGCUACCCCUAUCCACCCCAAGGAGCGGCUCCUCCUUAUGGAUAUCCACAGGGUGCUCCGGGACAAGGUCCGCCACCACAACAACCAUCAUCGGCCGGGCAACAAACCGUGGAUAAUGCGGACGCCGCCACUCCUCCGAUGCAUCUAGGGGCGCCGAUGGACACGACGACAAAGCAAGAA